CUUACUACAAGUAUUUAUAAAAAUAAAUGUCUUUUAUAGAUACCACUGAUAUUGAAAGCAAAAUCCAUGGCCACUCAUGAUAUCCGGGUGUUUGGUAGUCCCUGGUCUGCACCGAAAUGGAUGAAAACUAACAACGAUUUGAUAAAUGGCGGUACAAUUAAGGGGGCCGUUGGGUCCGAGUACUGGCAAAUAUAUGCCAAGUACUUUGUCCACUACUUAAACGCAUACAAAGCCCACAACAUAACCCAUUGGGGUAUAACUGUCCAAAACGAGCCCCGGGCCUCCCAGCGCUGGAACUCCAUGAUGUACACGGCGGAGACCACCCGGGACUUUGUCGCUAAAACACUGGGACCUGAGUUAGAGGCCAGUGGUUGGGGACCCGACAAACUCAAGCUCAUGGUAUUGGACCACAACCUGGAUCUGGUGAAGGAGUGGGUGCGCGUCAUAUUUGCCGACAAAACUGCCGCUAAA